AAAGAAAUUAAGCCCUUUUAUAGUGUGUAUAAAGUGUGUACAAAUGUGUGUACAAGAAGCAUUUUUGUAUAAAAUAUGUGAAAGAACUCAGGAGGCUUAUUGUUCCAUUAAACCGACCAGAUUCAUUUACAGGUGAUGCGCAGUACACAAAUAUAUCACCACCACAUGUAAUCUGUUCAAUCAGAAGAAGAUGGCCGAGGCCAGAGAAAGCGCGGAAGAAAUCUAUGCUCCGCUAAUUGUUAAGUACGGCAACUCUUUCGGUUCUUCAGUUGAUGAGGAAAACUCUGCGGUGGAGCAAGUGGCUCUGACGGUUCCCAUCACCGACGACCAGACACUGGCCGCGGUGACAUUCCGGAUGUGGGUCCUUGGGGCGUUGGCCUGCUGCCUUCUCUCCUUCCUCAACCAGUUCUUCUGGUACCGCCGGGAGCCGCUGACCAUCAGCUCCAUCUCCGCCCAGAUCGCGGUGGUUCCGCUGGGGCACCUGAUGGCGAAGGCGGUCAGCCGGCGCGUGUUCUUCAAGGGGCGAAAGUGGGAAUUCACGCUCAACCCGGGACCCUUCAACGUGAAGGAGCACGUGCUGAUCACGAUCUUCGCCAACUGCGGCGCCGCCAAUCCCUACUCCGUCCAUGUCGUCACCGCCGUCAAGAUUUUCUACAAACGCGCGUUGAGCUUUUGGGUGUCGUUGACCGUGGUCGUGACCACCCAGAUCUUGGGCUUCGGAUGGGCCGGAAUCUUCCGGCGAUUCUUGGUGGACCCCGCGUCCAUGUGGUGGCCCCAGAAUCUCGUCCAAGUAUCCCUGUUCAGGGCAUUUCAUGACGAAGAAGAGAAAAGCAAAGAGAGAUUAACCAGAAACCAGUUUUUUCUUGCGGCCUUCAUCUGCAGCUUUUGUUACUAUGUUUUCCCGGGGUACAUUUUCCCAAUGCUGUCUUCACUUUCAUGGGUGUGUUGGGUGUUCCCCAGUUCCGUAUUGGCCCAGCAGCUUGGUUCUGGGCUAAAAGGCCUAGGCAUUGGCGCUGUGGGCCUCGACUGGUCGAGCAUCUCGUCUUACAUUGGGAGCCCACUAGUCAGCCCAUGGUUUGCCACGGUUAACAUUGCGGUCGGAUAUGUCCUCCUCCUGUAUGUCAUCACUCCCGUGCUCUACUGGAACAAUGUUUACAGCGCCAAGAGUUUCCCCAUAUUUUCGGAUGGACUGUUCAAAUCCAACGGCGGAGAGUACAACACUUCUGCAAUCGUGGAUAAGGAUUUCCAUAUUGACUUGGAGGCGUAUGCUCGUGAGGGUCAUCUUUAUCUCAGCACUGUCUUUGCCAUCACUUAUGCCUUCUCUUUCGCUUGUCUCACCGCCACUCUUGUUCAUGUCAUCCUCUUCCAUGGAAGGCGUUGCUGACUAAACCUUUGAGGUGUAGAGACAUAUGGAAGCUCAGCAAGUCUGCCUUCCAUGAGAAGAAGAUUGAUGUUCACACAAAGCUGAUGAGAAGAUACAAACAAGUUCCGGAGUGGUGGUUCACUUGCAUUCUACUUUUGAACAUCUCUGCCACUGUGUUUGUAUGUGAGUUUUACAAAAGCCAGUUGCAAUUGCCAUGGUGGGGUGUGUUGCUAGCUUGUGGUAUUGCCUUCACAUUCACACUUCCCGUCGGCAUAAUCACGGCCACCACUAACCAAACACCUGGUUUAAAUGUGAUCACAGAGUACAUAAUUGGGUACUUGUAUCCGGGAUAUCCAGUUGCUAACAUGUGCUUUAAAGUCUACGGCUAUAUCAGUAUGAAGCAGGGGCUAACCUUUCUACAAGACUUUAAACUUGGCCAUUACAUGAAGAUCCCCCCAAGAGCAAUGUUCAUGGCUCAGGUGGUUGGGACCUUAGUAUCCGCAUUUGUGCAUCUCGGGACAGCUUGGUGGCUAAUGGAAACUGUCCCAUUCAUAUGCAACCGGGCACUACUUCCUGCGGGCAGCCCUUGGACUUGUCCGAGUGACCAUGUAUUUUAUGAUGCCUCAGUCAUCUGGGGUUUGAUUGGACCCCGUCGAGUGUUUGGAGACCUGGGGUACUACUCCGCAAUUAAUUGGUCUUUCUUGAUAGGUGCCAUUGCUCCUGUCUUGGUGUGGUUGGCAAGCAAGGCCUUCCCUGACCAGCAUUGGAUUAGGCUGAUCAUAGUGCCUGUGCUACUUAGUGGAACCAUGAAUAUGCCCCCGGCAACUGCUGUGAACUACAACAGUUGGAUAAUCAUUGCUUUUGUUUCUGGUUUCGUGGCAUAUAGAUACUAUCGGAACUGGUGGAGCCGCCACAAUUAUGUGUUAUCAGGCGCGUUGGAUGCAGGGUUGGCCUUCAUGGGAGUGUUGCUAUACCUGUGCUUGGAAAUGGAACAUAUUCACCUGAACUGGUGGGGAAGCAAUGUAGAUGGGUGCCCUUUGGCCUCUUGCCCAACUGCUGAAGGCGUUUCGGUUGAUGGCUGCCCCCUGUUUUGAGCUGAAGUAGCUUUUGUGCAGCCGUUGAUCAUUUGUGAAUUGAGGUACAUGAUUGUAUUGCAUUUUUAUUACAAAUGAACAAAAAUACUUUAUAUUCUUUUGGAACUCAUGUAUUUGUGUAGGAAUGUUCUUGUCAAUCCUAUCGCUUUGCCUAAUUAUACUUGGGGACUACCCUGUAUCCUAACCAAUACCAUACAAUCAAAUUCACAUGGCAUCAGAUCAUUGUAGAAACACACGAUCAGAAUCUCC